AAACACCAAUUUAACGGUAAAAUUUUAGCGCCAGAUUUUAUCUCUCCCACGUUCUUUCAAACUAAUAUUAACCACGAUUGAAUUCUUCUCCACGAUUCUGAAACCCUUUUCAUCCACUCUCUUUCUCUUCCAAAUUCUAUAACCACUCUUCGUCGAUCCAUCGCUCACCAAACUCAAUUGAAGAUUCGGCCGCCAUUUCUCGGUCGUCAACUGCCGCCCUAGCGCCGCCGCCUCAGACCAACGUCUCCCAAACGAUUCCAUAACCUCUCAUCGCUAUUCCAUAGCUCACCAAACUCAAUCGAAGACUCGGCCGCCAUUUCUCUGUUGUAAAUCGCUGCCCUAGCGCCGCCGCAUCAGACCACUGUCGCCCAAAACGGUAAAAGCAAAACCAAUCUCAAUUUUUUCGUGGGUUAAUUAAAAUUUAAAUUGAAAUUUUGAAAUUGGAUUUUUAAAAUCAAGAUCGGAUUUUGGUUUGAAAACAACCAACAUCAAAAAUGGUGGUUCAAUGUUAAUCAUCUUGAAAUACUGCAAUGUAGAACGUCGGCUGAUGCAGCCCUCCACGUGCGGCGGAUUCCCCGAUUGGAAGGGUACCGUGUUGGUGUAUUUCUGUGCACCAGCGGCAGCUAUGGUUCAAGGAUUAUAUUCCCUUUUUUAUUUCAGUGUUCUUUUUAGAGGUGUUUCACUCUUCACACAUAACUGUUGGACUUAUGUUUUAAUGAUUUUUUAGAGCAUAAAGUUGAAAGAAGGUUGUUGGUAUGUAUUAUGCUCCUGGAAGUGUCCAUAUGUACCUCUAAUGAUUGAUUCUUAUGUGCUUAUAAUUUGUAAUUAUUGGCAGUAAAAUUCAGCAAUUGAAAUUUGGAAGAUAAGUAGUUCUAAUAUUAUUUGAUGUGACUUUCACCUUGUUGAUCUCAAUAUUAUCUGAGUGACCCACGAUUUCCACUAAAGCAUAUUAUAUAUUUUUUAAGUUAUAUUCUCUUUGAUGAAUUCUUUGAGUAUACUGUUAUUGCGACUGUUUUAUGUUAAUUUUAUGACAACUGAAUUUAAUACUAUUUUUAUUUGGUAGCUUGAGUUCUAACUAAUUAAUGAUUUGCUGAAGGAAUUUGUAGAUUCCCUAUUAUAUUAUCCGAAAAGUUGGAAUAUUACCACUUAGCUUUCGCUGAGACUCUGUUUUCUACCAAAGCUUAUGCUUUUGAAUUUAUGCAUAAUACUCUUUUGAUACGUGCUCUACCUUUUCAGAUGACUACCUUAGUUGUUGUUACCUUUGUAGUUUGAAAAGUAUAAUAUUUUAUGUUUAUGAUAAGAGUAUUUUACCAUUUUUAUUUGAUGGAAUAUGAAAGCAUAUCAGCAUUAUUGGAGAUACUUGAGGUUGAGGUUAUGGUGCUAUGCCGUUUGAGUAAGAAAUCAUAACCACCAUGCUAACAGGUGGAGAAAAGUAUCAGAUCAAAGGGUGUGCAGGUGAGGAUGGGUUUUCUCAGGUGUUCAAAGACUAUGUGAACAACAAUCCUAAUGAUGUUAUUGCCCUUAAGUGGCAUAUCCCCCCGGAUCUUGUGAGGCGUAGAAUGCAGUUGGAAGGAGCUGGUGGUAGAGCUCGUGUUUACAGAAAGGGUCUGGUGUGGACUCUGAGGCACAUAUUCAUGAAGGAAGGUUGGCUUGCCCUGUAUUGGGGGAUUCUGCCCGAAUACUACAAAGUCGGGCCCGACGCGGGCAUCAUCUUCGUGCCCAGCCUGUAUGACCUGUUGUGAAGAAGUGCAAGACCAUCAUUCAUCCUAGCGUGGUGUAUUUGAUAAAUUUUGAAUCGUUUGAUAAAAUAUACUUGAUACUUGGUAUUUUGUAGUUAAUUUUAGGUAUAAUUCGUAUGAAGUUUGUAUUGUUGAAUGAAAUAUUUUGGUUUUCAAGGUAAUACUCCAGGAGUAGAA